GCGUGGACGACUUCGCCUCUCUUGACCCGCUCCGGGUCGCGCUGCCGAGCACACGUAUUUCUUCUCCUAAUGGCUAAUCCUGCUUGGAUACCGUCCGGUCGCGUGCUGGUUCUGCUCCUUCGCUGUUUAGACGCGUAAUCCGCAUGAACAAUCCUGUCUCGAUUUCAUACUGAUGAUAUUUGAUCUGCUGCGCGGCUGCUCGUUACGUUGGGUGUUAUUUGAUAGUAUUUCCUUGUGUUCUUGAGCUUGGUAAGUAAAGUGGUGCCGUGUCGGGUGUGAGGUUUUGGCAUGCCCGCGGGGGCGAGGUCAUGGCUCGCCGACCUGCGCGCGCGGUUCGGUGGCGGCGCCAGGGAGGAGGCGGGUCUCGGGAUCCUGGCGUUCGAGGCGGCGGCGGCCAUGUCGCGGCUCGUGUCGCUCCACCGCUCGCUGUCUGACGUGGAGGUCAGGAGGCUCCGCGCGGACGCGCUGCGCGCCGAGGGCGUCGCGCGCGUCACGUCCACGGACCAGUCGCUCCUGCUCCGGCUCGCGUGCGGCGAGUUCGUGGCGGACCUCGACCAUGCCGCCGGCACUGCCGCGCGCCUCGGGGCGCGGUGCUGCGCGGGCGCGCCGUUCCUGCACGAUUUCGACCGCGUCUACGCCGAGGCGAAGCGCGGGAACGGCCUCGCGCGGCUGGACGCGACGGUUGGGUUCUACAGGGGCGCGGCGAAGCGGUUCAGGAAGAUGGAGCGGCACGUGGCUGCGACGGCGAAGCUGUACGCGGAGAUGGACGCGCUCAGCGAGCUGGAGGCGUCGGAGCGGCGGAUGGAGCAGUGGAUGAGGCAUAGCGGGCCGAUCCCGGCGCAGCCGGGGCCAUCGGCCAAGAGGCAGGUCCCCGAACCUGGCGAGAAGCUGAUACGCGAGCUCAACUCGCAGCGGCAGAAGGUGCGCCGACUCAUGGAGAGCUCGCUCUGGAGUGUCGCCGCGCACAAGGUAUCCAAGCUCAUGGCCAAGUCGGUGCUCGCCGUGCUCGCGCGCAUCUCAAUAACAUUCGGUGCGUACGUGCCGGGCUUGCCGCUUUUGACAGUAGGUCGCGCGUGGGCGCUCCGCCGCACGUCUGGCCCCUUACAGCAGGCGGCGUCACCGGCCGCGGCGAUCCGGCACUCGGCUCCCAUCUUUCGGCAGAAAGACACCGCCUUUUCAGCGUCGGAGUCCAUCAAGCCCCCGGCGAGCACGGUUGGCGGCUCGGGGAUGGAGCUGCGAUACGCGAACAUGAUCGUGUGCGCCGAGAUGCUGCUCAGGCAACUUUGGCCAACGAUCCACAGCAACGAGGUGGACGCCGGGAUGGAUCUCUCGAAGAGAGACGAGCUGUACAAGAUGCUGCCUGUGACCAUCCGCACGGCCGUGAAGGCGAAGCUGAGAGAGAGCUGGAGAGGGCAGCCAGUGGACGAGGCUGCGGCGGCGGCGUCGAUGGACGCGGUGGACAGGAUGCUGCGGUGGUUGGGGCCUAUGGCGCACGACACGGUGCGGUGGCACGACGAGCAUAGCAUGGAGCGGGCGCAGCGGUUCAGCAUGCGGCCGCGCGUGCUGAUGGUGCAGACGCUGCACUUCGCCGACCGGCACAAGGCAGAGAAUGUCAUCGUCGAGGUGCUCAUCGGGCUCAGCUGCGUUUGCUGGUACGACGAUGAGCGACGCCGUCCGGCCGAUUGGGACGACGACGACUAGACUGUUGGGUCUGGCGCUCUACUGCCCGGUAUAUUGGCAUGGUAUAUAAGCAUAAAGCAUUUGUAUCCACCAUUAUGGAUACACCGCAGGACAAUUUUUUUUGUUAUGAUUUGAAGAGUGACACUGUGUGCUAGCUAGCUAAAUGUUCUUGCAUCCCAGCGAGAAAAAACAAUAUGAUACCACUGUAAAUACGUGGUAAUGUACAUAUGUUUAUUCAAGGGUAGGACAUGUCUAUUGAAAAUCAUGUAAGUAUGAAUUUGUGACCAUUGGAUUCAUGGAAUUGUCUAGAUUACUCUAUAUUUUUACCA